UCGGAUCUUUCUGCAAUCUAAAGAACUGUUGUGGCUUUUGGCAGAUGAGAGAGGGACUGUACUAUAACCCGUAUUUCCCAGGUGGAGCAAUUGCAAUGCCGAAGCAACUGACAGAUGGACAAGUCGAGUAUGAGGAUGGAACACCAGCAACGGAAUCACAGAUGGCAAAGGAUGUCGUAACGUUCUUGGCCUGGGCAGCAGAACCAGAAAUGGAGGAGCGAAAGCUGAUGGGGAUGAAGUUGAUACUGGCACUCUCCUUUGCUCUGCUUACGGCAGGCUACUACAGGCGAUGGAAAUGGGCUCCUCUGAAAUCCAGACGGAUUGUUCUGGAUGUCGUCAAUUAAAUAGGAAGCAGAGGACUUUCGCCGGACUCCUUUGACAUGUGAUGAUGACUUAUUUACUUCAUAUGGCAAGAACUGCAGCAACUUCAGAACGGGUCAUUGUCGAGUUGCUUCGACUUGGUCGUCGUCGUCACCAGGGCGCUGCCUGUUUCUCCUGGUGGUAGUCUGAUGAUACGUUGACGGGAAUGCAAGGCUGCCCAGGUUCUGAGACUGAGUUUGUCUUCUCUCCAUAGUGUCCUUUAAGACUGUGAUGAGUGUCUGUGAGAUGAGCGGCUCUUGCAGCGUAUCCACAGUAAUUGAACCAGCCAUUGGUCCUGGACUGAAUCUUGGUCCUGGACUGGAUCAUGGACCUGGGCGUGCUCACACUCCUGGGUUCAAAUAUUUUGCUCUUUUGUUGUUGUUGUUGUUUGAUAUCGAGAAAUUGUGGGCAGGAGCAUCAGUGGAGUGGAUCUGCUGACAGAAGCGUGCAUGGACCUUGCACACACUCAUGUGUGAGUGUGUCGGUGCGCAAGUGUGUUUGUGUAUGUGUCGGCAAGUUCGCGCAUGUCUGUGCAGAUCGGUGGAUGGGUGGGUAUGGUUAUGUGUGGAUUAGAAGUGUUGGAUCACUCAGUUCAUGGCUUUGGUGGGCUUGUGUGUGCUUCGGUGGAUUUGUAUGAAAAAGAAUGUCAGCAGCUGCUGUCAUUGGUCUCAAGGUCUGUACCUGCCCGGUAAUGUGGGUUUGUACAGAGGUAUACUCAUUUUGGGAGAUGAGCUGAGGUAUUCUGGGACUCUGGGAAUUAUGGGAAUCAGAAUCUGGGAUUUCUGGCGCUCUGAGGUUGUACGGCUUAAACAUUGUCCCUCUGUGUAGACCAGCAGUAUGUUGAUUAAUAGUUGUUCAUGCUUCGAAAUUGUUUCUUCCCAAUAGUGUUUUUUUUUUUUUUUUCUCGUUAAUCUUCCUCAAAACGUGGUCAUCAUCUCCACCUUCCAAAUAGUCUGGAAACAUCAUUUUGCAAAUUUGCGCGCAAACACUCGCUGCCAAAGUUGGUAGGCGAUAUCUCUUUUAAUGUGCAGGUAAACGGC